AUGCAUGCUGCAAAAAAGACUAACAUCGUGACCUCCGGUCCAUACAAGAAGUUUAUGGCAGACAGGAACCGGGAUAUCGCAUCCUUCAGGUCCAGUCCAAAAUCAUGGCCUGCCCCAAUCACCAGAAAAGCCACGCCCCACUCCGAAAGAAAUAUGGAGACCUUGAAGGAUACAGACCAUGAUCCUGGCAGAAGGGCCGUUGCGGAUCCAAGCCUCCACAAACACGGUAUCGGUGGCCGCGGGAGCCCUCUCCUCCGCGUCCGGUAUCUGCUUCCCGAGCCGCAGCAGCCGGUACAGCAAAGACAUGGCGACCGAAUGCAGUGGAGACGUGAGGACGUCGUUAUCGUGCACCAGAAACUCGCGAUCGUGUAG